AGGAGGAGCUGUUUAUGAAUUUGUGGUAUACGCAAUUACGCAUGUUAUUGUGAAUGAUAGUGUUCUUUGCUACGAAAAUUGUUGGUAUUCGUUAAAUGCAUAAAAAAUAUUAGAGCAACAUUGUGUAUUGCAUUUGGAAUAAUGGUGGUGGCCAUUGGUUUUGAAGGUAGUGCUAAUAAACUUGGAAUUGGAGUAGUAAUGGACGGAAAGGUUUUGGCAAAUUGCAGGCGUACGUACAUCACUCCUCCCGGUGAAGGUUUUAUGCCUGGUGAAACAGCACAGCAUCAUCGAUCCAACAUCAAGAGUUUAUUAAGAGAAGCUCUGACAGAAAGUGGUGUUAAACCAAAUGAGAUUGAUGUAGUUUGCUACACAAAAGGCCCCGGCAUGGGAGCUCCGUUGGUUGCAGUUGCAAUUGUGGCACGUACAGUGGCUCUUCUGUGGAACAAGCCAAUUGUGGCUGUUAAUCAUUGCAUAGGGCAUAUUGAAAUGGGGCGCUUGAUAACAAAAAGUGAGAAUCCAACUGUGCUAUAUGUCAGUGGUGGAAACACUCAAGUGAUAGCAUAUUCCCGCCGCCGAUAUCGGAUAUUUGGAGAAACAAUUGAUAUAGCUGUAGGGAAUUGCCUAGAUAGGUUUGCACGAGUUUUGAAGCUGUCUAAUGAUCCAAGUCCUGGCUAUAACAUAGAACAAAUGGCAAAAAAGGGUAAAAAAUUCCUCCAACUGCCCUAUGCAGUGAAAGGCAUGGAUGUUUCAUUCUCAGGUCUUCUUUCAUUUGUUGAGGACAGAGCCAAACAUCUUCUGGAUAAUGGGGAAUAUUCUCCUGAAGAUCUUUGUUUUUCUCUACAGGAAACUGUGUUUGCGAUGCUUGUGGAGACCACAGAACGUGCAAUGGCGCAUUGUGGAUCUUCUGAAGUUUUAAUAGUUGGUGGUGUAGGAUGUAAUCUUAGAUUGCAAGAAAUGAUGGGUACAAUGUGUGCAGAACGUGGUGCUACACUGUAUGCCACUGAUGAACGAUUCUGCAUUGACAAUGGUGCAAUGAUUGCCCAUGCAGGCUGUGAAAUGUUUCGGAGUGGAACUAUUACACCUUUUGAAGAGACAACAUGCACUCAGAGGCCGGGUCUGUUUGUGUGUGGCAUAAUGCAGCCGAUUUUCAUGGUUUAUCCAUGGACCCAGGACUGCGGUGCUUCUCAGCAGGCUAGAGACCAUGGGCAAUGGAUUUAAAGAAUUGAGACUGUCUCACUGCAAGCACGUUAUACAGUGUGGUGUUUUUAUAGAUUUUUAUUUGUUUUAGUACAUUUUGACACUUCAAAAGUAGUUCGUGUGUUAAAAAGCAUGGAUGAUAUGAAGAAGAAAAUUGUGUCAGUCGCUGGCAGUUUGUUCACUAUGUAUGCAUAUGUUUUCGAAAGAAAAUUCGCACAAUACCUGUAAAAUAAUAGAUAUAAUACAGUGGGUAAUAACUGACAAUAACAAACAUAG